AGUCUGUCAUGCAACUAUUGCGCUCAUCACUAGUGCGACUCCUACACGUUAUAUCCGAAUUUCAUACAUAAAUAUAAUAACUAAAUGCACUCGAUUUUCACGAAACUCGAAAUUGCAUCUGAUUGCAACGUGUAUGGGUCACGGGUAACAAAACAAAAAUAAAAGAAAAAAGUCAAACACAGCAGGCGAUGCGAAUCAAAACGGACAACUGCAAACGGCAAAGAUAGAUAAUGUCGAGCGAUGAACUGCUGUGGCGUACUAAGUAUUCAAGUUCGCGUUAUCAACGCCACGAGAGCGCAGAACAUCGGACGCCCUUGAAUGCCAGCUCGUUGCACUGGCAGCGUCAACAAUUUGGCUGCGAUGUGGACGAACAGUUGCGUCGGCGACUGCAAGCGUCGCCAGCAUACAUUGACCGCCUCGAGCAAGAGACGCUGCUGACCGGACACGAUGGCUGUGUCAACUGUCUCGAGUGGACAAGCGAUGGGCUUUUGUUGGCCUCCGGUUCGGAUGAUUAUAAAGUAAUGAUAUGGGAUCCGUUUCGCAAGCGGCGCGUCCAAACAAUUGACACUAAACAUCUGGGCAAUAUAUUUUCCGUAAAAUUUCUACCGCGUCACAACAACAGCAUUGUGGCCACCUGUGGCGCUGACAAAUAUAUCUAUGUCUACGACAUAAAUCACGGCAACGCGACAUUGUUCACGUGCAAUUGUCACACGAUGCGUGCCAAGCGAUUGGCCACUGCGCCAGACUCACCGCACAUAUUCUGGUCCGCCGGCGAAGAUGGCAGCAUCUUACAAUUGGACAUGCGGGAGGCACAUCGCUGUCGCGGUCCUGAUGAUCAGCAGCCGUCGACAGGCGGCGUCCGUCUACUAAGCCUUUGCACUCAGGUUGAGUCCACAACGGAGGCAAAGUGUCUGGCAAUUAAUCCAAGGCGUACCGAGUAUCUGGCAGUGGGUGCCAACGAUCCAUAUGCGCGACUCUUUGAUCGCCGAAUGCUGCCAGGCGAAGCCAGCAGCUGUGUGUCCUACUUUGCCCCCGGACAGAUUGUAAAGAACAUCAGUCGCAACAUCGUUCAUGAAUCGCGCACCGUCACCUACCUGACUUUCAACAACUAUAACUCAACGGAGCUCUUGGUGAAUAUGGGCUGUGAACAUAUCUAUCGCUAUGAUCUACACAAUGCCACGCCGCCAACCUUCUACGAACUGCCUGAGUACACAGCAUCGCCACCGACUAUGCAGGCGGAGCAGGAAGAAAUUUCCGACACGACGAAUACUAACGGUGCUAAACUAGAAAUAAAAACCAAGAAGGAGCAGAAACGUCGCACUUUGCCAACGAGAAUUGAGCGGCACAAGAAACUGGGCAAUGAACAUUUGGAAAAUGGCAAAUUGCUGGCUGCGAUUGAUACGUAUUCUGCCGCUCUGGCUGAGUAUCCGCAGGGAGAGGUGCUUUACUUAAAUCGGGCUACCGCCUUGAUGCGCCGUGGCUGGUUUGGCGAUAUAUAUGCAGCGCUACGAGAUUGCCACGAAGCGUUACGACUGGAUCCCACCUAUGUGAAGGCGCAUUUUCGAUUGGCACGUGCUCUUCUUGAGUUGCACCGGCCACAUGAAGCGGAUAAGUGCUUACAAGAGCUUAUACAACGCUUUCCCAGUUUCGCCAAUAAUCAUGGCGUGCUCAUGCUGCAUAAGGACAUAAACGAAAACCGACAACAACAGCAGCAGCAGCAGCAAGCGCAGGGAAGCGGUCAACCGUCCGAUCAGGAACCAAUGCUUAUUGAGAGCGGACUACGCUAUUUGCGCCUGACCGACGAUGACUAUGCCCAACGCCGUGCUGCCAAGGACUACAAGCAGCGCUAUGUGGGCCAUUGCAACAUCACAACGGACAUCAAGGAGGCCAACUACUUGGGCCUUAAUGGCGAGUUCAUUACCGCUGGUUCAGAUGACGGAAACUUUUACAUCUGGGAGGGCGAGACGGCCAAAAUACGUGCCGUCUACCGUGCCGAUAGUGCCAUUGUUAACUGUGUGCAGCCACAUCCAAGUAUUUGCAUGCUGGCCACCAGUGGCAUUGAUCAUGAUAUCAAAAUUUGGUCACCGUGUGCGCCGAGCGCCGACGAGCGACCCAAUCUCAUUACGGACGUUACGCGCUACGUUGAGGAUAAUCAGGAGAAAAUGCGCACUGAUCCGUUUGAGCCGAAUACGCGUAAUGCGUAUUGUUUUAAUAAUUAGAUAUAAGCACAUUUAGUAUAAUGUAAAUUAAUUUUUUAAAUCGAAAUUGCAAUACAAUCUCUGCAAUAAUUGGCUACACUUCACUGAUCAUUUCUGCUUGCGAAUCUUAUAGUAGAAAUAUAAAAAACUUGGUAUAAUAUGCGAGAAGUGCCAUCGAUAAUGUUAAAUUGUCAAUAAGAGAAAAAGAAAGAGAAAUAUAUAUGUGGAAAACACGAGAAUAUGGAUAUGUUAUGUACGAAAUCAAAGUAAUAAAAUUCAAAGAAUUGCAAC